AUGACAAGCAAGUACACAGAUAACAAGUGCAGACACCGCCACGUCGUUUAUGGACAGCAUCUUAAAUUACUGCGAAUAAGAUUUGUGUUUCUGCCCCAGAGGGAGAGCCAGCAGAAAUCCACUAAUGUGGUCUACCAGGCCCACCACGUGAGCAGGAAUAAGAGAGGGCAGGUGGUUGGAACAAGGGGUGGAUUCCGAGGAUGUACUGUGUGGCUAACAGGUCUGUCCGGUGCGGGAAAAACAACAAUCAGUUUUGCUCUGGAAGAGUACCUUGUUUCCCAUGCAAUCCCUUGUUACUCCCUGGAUGGGGACAACGUCCGUCAUGGCCUGAACAAAAACCUUGGAUUCUCUCCUGGGGACAGAGAAGAAAAUAUCCGCCGGAUUGCUGAGGUGGCCAAGCUGUUUGCAGAUGCUGGUCUGGUCUGCAUCACCAGCUUCAUUUCUCCUUUCGCAAAGGAUCGUGAGAAUGCCCGCAAAAUCCACGAAUCAGCAGGACUGCCAUUCUUUGAAAUAUUUGUGGACGCGCCUCUAAACAUUUGUGAAAGCAGAGACGUGAAAGGCCUCUACAAACGGGCCCGAGCUGGGGAGAUUAAAGGGUUCACUGGUAUUGAUUCUGAUUAUGAGAAACCUGAAACUCCAGAGCGUGUGCUCAAAACCAGCUUAUUCUCAGUGAGUGAGUGUGUCCAGCAGGUAGUGGAACUUCUGCAGGAGCAGAACAUUGUACCCCAUACUACAAUCAAAGGAAUCCAUGAACUCUUUGUACCAGAAAACAAACUUGACCAAGUUCGAGCUGAGGCUGAGACUCUCCCUUCAUUAUCAAUUACUAAGCUGGAUCUCCAGUGGGUCCAAGUUUUGAGUGAAGGCUGGGCUACUCCCCUGAAAGGUUUUAUGCGGGAGAAGGAGUACUUGCAGGUUCUCCACUUUGAUACCCUGCUAGAUGGCAUGGUCCUUUCUGAUGGAGUGAUCAACAUGAGCGUUCCCAUUGUGCUGCCCGUCUCUACAGACAAUAAGAUGCGCCUGGAAGAGUGCAGCGAGUUUGCGCUGGUACAUGGAGGCCGACGGGUGGCGAUCUUACAAGACCCUGAAUUCUAUGAACACAGAAAAGAGGAGCGUUGCUCCCGAGUGUGGGGGACAACAUGUGCAAAACAUCCCCACAUCAAAAUGGUGAUGGAAAGCGGUGAUUGGCUGGUUGGUGGAGACCUUCAGGUGCUAGAGAGAAUAAGGUGGAAUGAUGGGCUGGACCAAUACCGCCUGACGCCUCUGGAACUCAAACAUAAAUGUAAAGAAAUGGAUGCUGAUGCGGUGUUUGCAUUCCAGUUGCGCAACCCUGUCCACAAUGGCCAUGCUCUGUUGAUGCAGGACACCCGCCGCCGGCUCCUGGAGAGGGGCUACAAGCACCCGGUCCUCCUGCUACACCCUCUGGGUGGCUGGACCAAGGAUGACGAUGUGCCCCUGGACUGGCGCAUGAAGCAACAUGCAGCUGUGCUUGAGGAAGGGGUCCUGGAUCCCAAGUCAACCAUCGUUGCCAUCUUCCCAUCUCCCAUGUUAUAUGCUGGGCCCACAGAGGUCCAGUGGCAUUGCAGGGCCCGGAUGAUUGCAGGGGCCAACUUCUACAUUGUGGGCCGGGACCCUGCAGGAAUGCCCCACCCUGAGACCAAGAAGGACCUGUAUGAACCCACUCAUGGAGGCAAGGUCUUGAGCAUGGCCCCUGGCCUCACCUCUGUGGAAAUCAUUCCAUUCCGAGUGGCUGCCUACAACAAAGCCAAAAAAGCCAUGGACUUCUAUGACCCAGAAAGGCACAGUGACUUUGACUUCAUCUCAGGAACUCGAAUGAGGAAGCUCGCUCGGGAAGGAGAAAAUCCCCCAGAUGGUUUUAUGGCUCCCAAAGCAUGGAAAAUCCUGACAGAGUACUACAGGUCCUUGGAAAAGAACAACUAAAUACCUUUGGCUCUCGAGUUUCUUUCUGAAAUGCCCUUUGAUUCCCUUUCUUGUUUUUGUGAUUAGAUGCUUUGUAUGCAAUCACUUCUCAAAGACUGGUUUUAAAGUUACCAUUUCAUAACUAGAUAAAAAUUGUCUAUAAUUUAAAGUCAACUUUAAAUUUUUUUUUUUUUUUAAAGUCAACUUGGAGAGCACAUCUUACCAGGUGAAAGCAAUACUGGUAUACAUUUCAGAAUGAAAGUAGCUGUAUUCUCUAUAGCAUCUGAGCAGGUAGGGCCCAGAUUUCUUAAAAUUUUGACCACCGUAUGUCUAGUUUACUUGCCAACAAGUGAAGUGUAUUUUCUAGCUUAAGUCUUGCCAACCUGCACUCUCCCAAGGGCAUAUACUAGUAAUAAAAGAAAUUAGAU